UUGGCCCAGACCCCUGCCUGCGGUCCCUGACCACAGCCAUCAUGCCUCGUGGGCAGAAGAGUAAGCACCGUGCUCGUGAGAAACGUCACCAGGACCAGGCUAAGACCCAGGGUCUUCAUGAUCAGGCUACCACAUCUCGGGGAGAAGAGACCGCCUCCUCCUCCCCUCCUGAUUCAGAGAGCGCUCCCUCAAGCUCGUCUGUUGCUGGCACCCCGAAGGGGCCUCAGGGAGCCCAAGGCAGCACCAGUGCUGCUGCAGGUGCUAUACGCAAAAGAUCUGGUGUCGGUGGCGCAGCACGCUCAAGAUCUGGUGUCGGUGCUGAGGGCCAAGUUCAGGAAGGUGAAAAUUCCUCCCAGGCCUCAGCUGCUGCUGAGAGCUGUCACACAGAUCUUCUGACCAGGGAGUCAGAGAGUUUGGUGCGGUACAUGCUGUUUAAGUAUAAGAUGAGGGAGCUCAUUAAGAGGUCAGACAUGCUGAAGGUUAUCUACAGAAGUUACAGGGAGCAAUUCCCUGAGAUCCUCAGCAGGGCCUCUGAGCAGAUGGAGAUGGUGUUUGGCAUGGUGCUGAAGGAAGUCAGGCCCAACAGUCACUGCUAUACCCUGGUGAGCAACCUAGAUCUCAGCGACAGUGAGUCUAUGAGAGGUGACUGGGGGCUGCCAAAGAAUGGUCUUCUGAUGCCUCUGCUGGGUGUCAUCUACCUGAAUGGCCAUCGCACCUCUGAGGAGGAGGUCUGGAAGUUCCUGAAUAUUCUGGGCAUCUAUGAUGGAAGAAUGCACUUCAUCUUUGGAGACACCAGGAAGCUCAUCACAGAAGAUCUGGUGAAGGAAGAGUACCUGGAAUACAACCAGGUGCCUGGCAGCAAUCCCCCUCGCUAUGAGUUCCUGUGGGGUCCUAAAGCCCUCAUAGAAAACAGCAAGACAAAAGUCCUGCAGAUUUUGACGAAGGUCAAUGAUUCAGUCCCCGACACCUUACUGCCACAUUAUGAGGACUCUUGGAGAGAGGAGGUAGAGAGCUCUGGAGCCAAAGCUGCAGCCGGGACUGGCCCUUCUGCCUCGACCAGGCCUGGCCCUUCUGCCUCAGCCAGUGCCGGCCCUUCUGCCUCAGCCAGUGCCAGACCUUCUGCCUCCGCCAGUGCCAGCCCUUCUGCCUUGGCCAGACCUGGCACUUCUGCUGCAGCUAUGGCUUGUAUUUAA